GCGUCGGCUAUGUGCAAGCGUAUCACCGUAUCCACCGCGGCAUUACCUCAGCAGUGGCUGGCUGACUCUAUUAGCCGAGGAUGGAGCGGCUUCAGAGCGAAUUGGAAAGGAGGAAAACUGACAUCUUCUCAGAUAGCACUCAUAGAAUGCCAGAGCGUCCACUCUCUAUUCAGUCAGGCAAGGGUCGAGGCCAUGAAGACCUCGGGUCUUCGUUUGCUCCAUCCCAACCAGUGCGAGGCAAGGCGAUUGGCAGCAACUUCAAGCCUGCCCUGGCCACGUCGCGUCCUAUCAUCACCAGUUUGGAACAAGACUCUUUUAGUGACAGUGACGACGAGCUGUUAUUAUCUGAAGGCGCUCAACCGUCGGGCUUGUCACCUAUACCUAAACGCGUCGUCCGCAGCAAGACAAUGAUAGCGUCGACGCCUCAAAAAGCCAAUCUUGCUCCAAACGGUCAUCCGUAUCACCCAAGUUUCCCUCCGAAAGAAAAACUCCCAAAGUUCACAAGGAUUAAGAAGCAGCCGCAGGUAGAAGAGAGCAUUCCAGUUUGGCCUCUAUCGUCAUCUUUACCCGACGCAGACGACUCCCAAGAACUAUGCAGACCAAUAUCUGACUACCUAGCCUCUCAGACGAAGCCCUUCCAACCUACAACCAAGCUGAAGAAAGAGAACCAUAAAGCCUUUGCGCGUCCGGGCCCAGGAAAGAACUCUAUGUCCAGGAAGACGGUCACUCCAUCCUCGACCUCAGGAGACAAACUUCCCAAAUAUUCCAAGCACGUUACUAAGCCGCGAGCUGUAAAGGCUGGGGGCUCGAUGGUUCGUGGUCGGAGUCCCGAAGCAACUCCGCGUGCCAGCAGGCAGCAUCAGCCAUUCCCUUUGGGUAGUCAUUCCUCGGUAUAUGAUGGGAGCUCACACGCUUCUGACGCGUCUCCUGCUCGGAAAAGUGCUCGAGAACCCUCAACAGCAAGAAAGGAGAAGACAAAUGCGCUGUCGCGUAAAUCCGCUGCCCCUUUCCCCAUGAGCCAGCCGAAGGAGAAGGCAAAUGCACCGUCACGUCAACCCGCUGCUCCUUUCCCUAUGAGCCCCCUAGGAAAGUCAAAUCUUCCGAAGCAGCCACUCCCUGAACCAACGGGACCCAGCCCCUUUCCAUUAUCUUUGCACACUCCGAAGUCAGGUCUGACUCGUUCAGAGACACUCGGAAACUUCCCUGCGCCUUCCCCAUUGGCCUCCCCAGUGCAACCACCCUCGCGUGAUAAGGGGAAGAGUCGUGCGCUAACCCCUCAUCAGGACGAAAACGACGACGACGAACUUGCCACAAACCAUUGCGAUACCGUGCAGACCAAUGUUGCCCUUAGACCCUUCUCCGUGGGUUCGAGCGGAAUCAAGAUUGCAGAUCGGCGUAGCCCUCAGUCGUCUUCGGAGAGCAUGGGGUCCAAACGAGCUUCGGGCGGUGGAGAUGGAGAACGCGGACGAAAAGCCAAGAGACAUAAGGAAGACAAUUCAAGGCUAAUACUGGGAGGAGAUGAACACUUGGAUGAGGACUCAUUUGAAAUAGACAGAGUGAUUGAUCCUUCUACAGUCUGCCCGUACUGUGACGAACCACUGCCACGCAAUCCAACUCCACAACUGGAGAACCUCCUGGCGACUGCGAAGCGGAAGUCAUACCCAGACCCGCGCCCCCGAAAUUCUAGCGGGCUCAAGGCUCCUCUAGGAAUUUAUAUCUCAGCUUGUCAGCGACAUCGCUUCGAAACGCACUCCUUGCCUGAGGCUAUGGAGAAAGGAUGGCCGCAAAGUAUCGACUUCAAGAAGGUACCCAAGAGGGUUGAGGGGAUGAAGGGCGCGCUGGAGGCUAUAAUCACCGAUACUGACAUCCACAGUGACAAUGAAGAUUCUGUGGAGGUCGACGCCAGGGGUCCCCGAGCACGAAGUGACUUCUGGAAAGAAAUUAAGAAGCAAAUCAAGAAACAAGGCAGUAGAACAGUUACUGGUGUGAAGGGCCAGUUUGCCAGCUUCGAAAAGACUCAGCCUGGAUACUAUGGUGAACUCGGUUUCUUGAUCAUACAUCAGACGCUCUACAAUCUCUUCCCCUUUUCAUCAUUUGAACCUUCUUCGAUAGCCCCUCUCACACCUGCGGAGUUCAUUCAGCUCGUAUUGAUCCCCGAAGCUGCAGUAGGGCUCAUCAUGCAAGACCUUGGUCUCGAUAGGGACGAAGCGAUUGUGACCCUCCGUGAAAGCUCGCAGUAUGGUGUUGCCAUGUUUCCCGAUACCGGUUCUGGUAAGAGUCCAGCACUCGGUGAUGAUGACGACGAGGGUGUUGCGGAUCGCAUUGUUAUGGAACGUGCUAAAGCCAGGAGGUUGGAGCUUGAGGAAGAGGAGCAGCUUGAGGAGCAGAUGUGGAAAGAGGAGCGAGCGAAGCGUAGGUGCAUAGCACAGAUGGAGAGGAAAGAGAAAGCUCGCCAGCGGGCAGAGCAACUGAAGAAAUCGAAGGAGCUUCCAGGGUAUUCCUCCCGCGAAGUUAGCGAAGCGACUGAGUCGGAAACCCAACGCAGGCCGUUGAGGAACGCUGCGAAGGCUGGGUCAAGAACAGCUACGGACUCCGAGACCGACAACAUGUCUGUGGAUAGUUCGACGAGCCGGCGAUCUACGCGCUCAAGGACGGGCGCUAGGAUGUAUCGCACCGCUUCUGCCAAGUCUGAUUCUUCAAACAUGCAGAUUUCUGAUGACAGCACCGUAGAGAUCGUGGACGAAAAUGAACAGCCGCGAGUCAGACGGUCAACCAGGCAUGCAGCUCAUAGUGUCAACGACAUUGGCCAACACUCUGAGGCUGCAUCGUCGUCGAAAAUGAAAACUCGUGCCGGGCGGUCGAAGAAUAUCGAAGGCGACGACGCAGACGUGGAUGUUGGCGAUACGCCUCUGAAACCUGUUCCCGAGAUUGACGAAGAAUCUACUCCGCGGCCACAUAGGAGGUCGAAAGUUCCGGCUGUAUCACGCCCGCACCCUAUUCUAGGGAUAUCUGGAGUUACAACUGCAAUUAAAUUUCCUCUCCAAGUUGCUAGAUCAAGAUCGACAACAAGUGCCACAUUGGACGGGUGGCGUAACAAUCUCAUACCUGGUGCUUCUGAAGCUGAGGAAUCGGAUGAUUCGCAAGCAGUCCAACCGUCCAUGGACGUAUAUAGUUGGCUGCUUAGUCCAACGUCAUCGUCAUCAUUAUCACCGUAGUGACAUAUACCGUCACUGACUAUUCCUUGCAAGGCUACAUAGUAUUAAUUUUCAUUGACAAGUUCGAUGGCUUUGUGUGCAUUGCAAUCACUGAUUGGACUAAUUCCACGUACUUAAUCACUUACUACCGAACUUUCGCAAUCACAACCGCCAGUAUGUUCACUUUACCUAGGUGUCCACCGAUUCAUCCAGCGUCACACUAAUAUUAU